AUGAAAAAAGUGAAGCAUUUCAUGACAAGAAGUAUUAAAGAAACUUAUCAGAUUUUUAAAGAAAACAAUCCUGGUGUGAAAAUUGGAAUAUCUAAAUUUUACACUCUGCGUCCAAAGUGGAAUCGGUAUCAAUUUUCCGAAUUCGGAAAAUCUCCAGGUUCGAGAAAAUGGAUAUUUUCAGCUUCUGGACAUGGCAAAGGAGCUUAUGAUGGGGUCGGAGGACUUCUUAAACAUUUUGCGACGAACCACAAUCUGCGAAAAGGACCAAUUGAAUGUAUUCAAGAUCUCAAAACGUUGGCCGGGAUAAUACCAGGUUAUACGCCUAAUGUAAAGAUCUGCUUACUGGAUGAUCAGAAAUUGAAAAAAUUUCGAAACAAAAACAAAAAGAAUGGGGAUUUGGAAACAUUUGACCUGGAAGAUUUCAAAUACAAUUCAGUAAAUAUAACCGCCUUUAGAAUUGUUGAUGUGGAGGAUCCCAAUGUUAAAGAAAAUUUGGAAGUUAUGGAAAAGUUUCAACCAAUUGGACCUGCAAUUUUAAACAGAAGUGGAAUCAUACAGGCCGAGCCAGCUUUGAUGUUUGACUCCGUCUACGUAUUCGCCAAAGGUUUAUCGUUAAUGGACUCUGCCCAUACAAUAAAGCCGAUGAAUCUGUCAUGCGACCUGGAAAAACCCUGGGACGACGGACUAACACUUUACAACUUUCUGCACACGGUGAAGGAUCUUCGGGGCUUGACUGGAAAUAUAGAAUUUAAUGAGGGGAAGAGAUCAAAUUUCAAAUUGGAUUUGCUGAAACUGAAGAAGGAGGAAAUAAGGAAAGUAGGACAGUGGACGCCGGACGGCGGCAUCAAUAUCACCGACCCAAAUGCUUUCUAUGAGAAUCACGCGCCCAAUAUAACGUUGGUAGUUAUGACGAGAAAGGAACGUCCUUACGUAAUGGUAAAAAACGACAAGAAUUUAACAGGCAACGCACGUUACGAGGGUUUCUGCAUAGAUCUAUUGAAAUGGAUUGCCGGCCAGGUGGGGUUCCAAUACACGAUCCGUCUGGUGCCGGAUAAUAUGUACGGCGUAUACGAUCCCGACAAGAAAGAGUGGAAUGGUAUUGUUAGAGAGCUUAUGGAAAAGAGAGCAGAUCUGGCUGUGGCUUCCAUGACAAUAAAUUAUGCAAGGGAGAGCGUAAUAGACUUUACUAAACCAUUUAUGAACCUCGGCAUUGGAAUUCUAUUCAAGGUUCCAACUAGCCAGCCAACGCGUCUCUUCAGCUUUAUGAAUCCGCUGGCAGUGGAAAUUUGGCUGUACGUUCUAGCCGCCUAUAUGCUGGUGUCGUUCACGUUAUUCGUGAUGGCACGUUUUUCUCCAUACGAGUGGAACAACCCUCAUCCCUGCCACCAAGAAUCCGACAUAGUCGAAAACCAAUUUUCUGUAUCAAAUAGUUUCUGGUUUAUUACAGGGACAUUUUUACGACAAGGAUCCGGCUUAAACCCAAAGGUUUGA